ACCGCUGAGCAGGGACUGCUCAAUCGACACUUGUUGGCCGUCCACAGCAAAAGCUUCCCUCACAUCUGUGUGGAAUGUGGGAAAGGCUUUCGGCACCCGUCGGAGUUGAAGAAACACAUGCGCACGCACACCGGCGAGAAGCCUUAUUCCUGUAUGUACUGCGACUACAAGUCAGCCGAUUCCUCCAAUCUCAAAACGCACAUCAAGACUAAGCAUAGCAAAGAGAUGCCGUACAAGUGCGAACGCUGUUUCCAGACCUUCGCAGAGGAGGAGGAGCUGAUGCAACACGGACUGACUCACGAGGAGAAUAAGACCCACCAUUGUGCCCACUGUGAUCACAAAAGCUCAAACUCCAGUGACCUGAAACGCCAUAUCAUAUCUGUUCACACCAAGGACUAUCCACACAAAUGUGCGGUGUGCGGAAAGGGCUUCCACCGGCCAUCUGAGCUCAAGAAGCACUCUGUGUCUCACCGCACUAAGAAACUCCACCAGUGCCGGCACUGCAACUUCAAAAUUGCCGACCCCUUCAUCCUCAGCCGCCACAUUUUGUCUGUCCACACAAAAGAGCAGCAGGCCUCACCUGAAAAAAGUGAGGCGAAAAGGACAGAGACGCACACUCCCGUUGCGGCGCCUAAAAAGUCUGCACCGAGUGGCUCGGGUGGGUCCGGCCCACCAGCCAGGGUCAGUGCGGCCAGCUUAGCCAGCAGUGUGACUGUUGUUAUCGGCAAAGGACAGAAAGAGAAAAGAAUUUACCAGUGCCAGUACUGCGACUACAGCACCGGGGACGCUUCGGGGUUUAAGCGGCACGUGAUCUCCAUUCACACAAAGGACUACCCGCACCGCUGCGAGAUCUGUUCCAAAGGGUUCCGACGGCCCUCGGAGAAGAACCAGCAUAUCAUGCGUCACCACAAGGACGUAGUGAAAGCAGAGUGACUCUGACUGAGCCAAAUACUGUGCCAGAACAAAGACCAACAUCAGAAACGCCCAUCACACACCUGAGUCCUUGCACACUCACAGAAACUGUGUGGUGUGUUCGCUCUACUUUUGUCCAAUCUGUUGUUUUUGCUCUUUCUAAUCCUCAGCCUUAUGUUUCUUCGCAGACGUAUACUCAUGUACAUACCAUUAAGUCUCUUACAAAGUUAGCACCCUCCUCUUCCCCUUCUUCAUAGACUUGCACUUUUUAACUGCAUGUCCCCUGCUGGUGACUGUGUGCAUGGCAGUUUGUCUUUUUGUAGAUACACGUUUUUGGAUUUGGCAGGUAGCAAUCAGUUCUCGGUCAAAAUCGGUCCUAAUUAUUUGUCUUAAUCAAAGUGUAAUUUUCAAAAAUGUUUGCAUCAUUCUUUUAAAAUAUACUUUUAACCCAACAGAGGUAUGGAUUAGCCACAUGUUCUAAGUAGCACUUGUGAAAUUCAGUUCGUUUGUGUGCGUGUGAAUGAAAGGGAGAAAGAAGGCCAUAAAAAGUCCCCCUAUGUUGUGCUUCCUGGUGCUUUGAUCCCACCAAUAUGUAACAUAAUGGUUUUGUUGUGGUAACGAAAACGGAACGGUAUCAAAAAUCAUUCUGUGUCCACCACAAUCAUUCAAUUUACCUGUAAAAGAAGUGGACGCGCUAUGGUUGUGAUUUAACGUCGACACAUGCACAUGAAUCGCUGUGCAAUCAAUGCUUUACUUUAUGUCCAAUAUUUCUGUUUCUUGUCUGUAAAUGUGCUCAGUUGCCCGGAUCAAGCGGAGACUAAGCCCAAAAUUUCAGUGUUUCAAUCUUUUAAUUCAAAGAAGGGAGAGAAACCCAAUGAAUUUCAAAGUUGAUUUGAGUGAAAUGUAUGUUGGGAAUCAUACAGUAUAUGUGGUGCUGCAAAUCUGGAUCUAUGGACUGAAUUGUGUUUUCACAGAUGUACUUUUGCCAGUAGAAAAGGGAAAAUGUAUAUCUUUCUAGAUGCAACAUUCAGAUGCCAGGUGCUGGUGGUGUAUGCGUAUUAUGGCUUUUUACAUCCUUUAACACCUGUGAUCAUUUCUGUUUUUAUAUUUAUUUCACUUACAACUUGUUGUAUAGUUAAGUGUAACUAGACUUCUAUGGGACGUAAAU